CCCACUUGACAGCAAUUCGUCUCGUUCAUCCUCACAACAACCCUGCCAGGCAGGUCAUUAAUAGCCCCAUUUUACAGAUGGGGAUUUGAGGUGGAGCAAGAACUUCUUGAGAGUUUUUAGCUGAGGAAGAAUUUCCACCCAGGACUCCAUAUGGCGCAGCUCCAAAGUGAUGUCAACACUGGCUCUCUACAUGGGCUGCCCUAACCUAAAGCUUCAACUCCAGCAGAAUACCUAAAUGAUUUCUGCAUAACAAUGUGUGGCAUUCCCUUAGGCAAGGGGAGGGGGAGGGGACGCAUCCCGUGGAACUAAUGCCGCUAUCCUAUGCACACUGAUUUGGGAGCAUGUCCCAUUGGGGCUUAUAUCUAAGUAGUCAUGCAUGGGUCUGAUCUGUAAAACUGGUGGAAUAAGAUUAGCCACUCUUGAGCAAAAGCAUGGAAUCCAAUUGACGUGAACCUCCUCUCUUGUGAUCCAUCUGAACUGUGAACAUGCUUCCCACCAUUAUAUGCAUAUACAUGCUUGCUUCCCCCUUUUCUUGGACUAUUGUCUGCUGCAGACCAAUUUCACAUCCCCAGAAUGCAUGUACAUGAAUGACAUAACUUCAGCCAAUGAUUGGUAAGGAAUCACAUUACAUGUAGUUUUUGCAUUCCAUAUUUUAAUUGGGAGGUGCAAAUAUUUUGUAUUUUACACAUGCUUUCUCUUCUCAUUCCUUGUGUGAGAUUUUAAGGCAGUGUGAAGUAUAUUUUCUUUCACCAUCAAUUUCUGCAGCAGCAGUACAUGAUAACUCAGUGGUUUUGGGACCUGGGAAGAACUGAAUCUGUGGCUGACAGCAAUGAAUAUUUUAUGGAGGUUUUAAGAUGCCUGGAAGUAUCCCUGUGGUUCAGAUGUUUCAGAAUGAUGAGCUGUCUUUUUCUUUUUCUUAUGUCAUUUGUAGCAUUAGGAAACCAGAUGAAUGGCAUCCUAGGUUAGAGUUUUCUGAAUAGAGUGUUUGGCAAAGUCUAUAAUUACAUGUUUUAUUCUCUCGCCCCAAAUAUGAAGUUUGCUGCAUGCAAGAGUAUUGUUGGGUUUUGUAAUGCAGUAGGCUCUCUUAAGAGAGCUACAUAUGGUUCAGAAUUGACUGGUGACAGAGAUGAAAAUUGCUCUUUAUGCAAAAUAAAUGAAAGAAUAAACUGCUUUUAACACAUGUCCUUUGACGGAAAUAACUUUAUCAAAAUAAACAGUAUUUUGCUGCAUGCAAAUUACUGACACAUUCCUAAGAAUUGAAUCAGUGCCAAGUGAUGUAAUCUAAGGCAUAGUCAAAAAAUACAGCAGCACACAAUAACUACAAGGUAAAAGUGUUACAUUACCUAUCUACAAUGCUACAAAAUACUAUUAUUUAGGAGAGAUUGCUUAAGGAAAAGGGUGAAUGUUCAAUAAAAUAUGAUAGAUGUUAAUGACUAAAUUUGGGUUGCAGUUAUAGUGAUAAAUAAGAGUAGAAAGACUGAUCAACUGUGGCAUGGAACUCUUAAAGGAUAUUAUAGAAGUACUUAUUUUGAGCUGCUAUGCGACUACACAUGAGUUUCUAGAUUCAACAAGGUUUUUCAACAAUGGCAUGAGAACCAAACUGAAUUUGUCCCCACCCCCACCCCCAGACCUGACAGCUGGAACAUAAAAAGAUUAGUUUUCUGAAAAUUGGCUUUUGUUUGAAGCACCUGUAUGUAGACUAUCAUUUGCAAAUCCUAAUGUAAUACACUCCAUAACUCUAGCUACACAGUGUUAUUUCUACAAUCAUUAAACAGCUAGAUAAUUGCAACACAGGUCUGGUAUCUGAAAACUGAAGUUGCCAAGUAGGCUCAUUAAAAUCAAGUGUGCUACACCACCCAGUGUGUUUCUAUCGCUUUAUUCUAUUCAUUUAUUUAUUUAUAAUCUGAUGUAUCCCCAGGUUCUGACAGUGGCUAGCCAUUUUUAUAAAACAAAUUCAGUACAACAAAAUUAAGAAGUACAUAUACACCCAUAUGAAAAAUGUAAGAACAAAUGAUAAGUUCUUGCAGUGCCUCUGGGGCAUGCCAAGUCAAGGGCUUUGACAUGAGGCUACUUGUUAGAAGAUAAGUGGAGAAUCCUUUAUAUAGGCUGCAAUCCUAUCCCAAUGAACGAAUGUGAGUAAACGUGCAUAAGUUUGAGCUCUUUGACUACAAUCCUAUGUACACGUUCCUGGGAAUAAAUACUAAUGAGCACAAUAGGACUUAUUUCUGAGUAAACAUGCAUAACAUUGUGCUAUUUCUGUGGAUGUGUUUGAUGACUAACAAUUUAGUGAAGCCUAACCUGUUCAGUGACACUUCCAGCUAAGCAAGCAUAGGAUUGUAGCCGUAUUAAUUCAAGAUAUUCUGAUUUCAGCUAGUUUAAAUAUUAGGCUGGAAUGUAGAGCUGGAGAAUAUAAAGAACUGUAAAUAAUAUUAAAAACUUUUCUGUAAUCUAUUUCAGAUUGAGGUACUAUUUGUUAGAAAUAUACUCUGAUAUGAUGAUAAUAAUCUGAUAACUCUAUAUCAGUGUAUUGGGUUUUCUGUUAUAACGAACAUGUGAAUACAUACAAAGCUAAUGUACAAAUUUAUUUAUUAUGAAUACACUGAAAUGUGAUACAUUUUCAAGAAGCGAGUGUUAUGUCUGGUGAUUGUAUCCGGAAGUGCAACUUGGUUCAGUGUUGUACCCAGAAAGAACAGUAGUAAAGACUUUAGAAGGCUAUCCUGGAGGUCUGAUUGGACAGACUGACUUGGGGGUGGGGCUACCUCCUUCCUUAAGUUACUGGCCUCCUGUCAGUUGGGUGAAGAUAUCAGAGAGAGAGAGAGGGGGGAUCAGAGCCAAGCACUCUCCAUCACCUGUUGAACCACUCAUUAAUCUAUGAAAGCAGCAGAGGAGAUAUCAGCUGAACGGAAUCUCCCCACGGCAGUGACGGGAGAGUCCCAGCAAAAAUGCAUUGUGAUCUUUGCACUGGUUUGCUGCUUUGCAAUUCUGGUUGCGCUGAUAUUUUCGGCUGUGGAUAUUGUCGGGGAAGAUGAGGAUGGACUCUCAGAAAAGAACUGUCAAAAUAACUGUCGGGUUGCUCUUGUGGAAAAUAUUCCUGAAGGAAUAAACUAUUCAAACAGUGCACCAUCCCAUUUGUCUCUUUUCCAAGGCUGGAUGAAUUUACUUAAUAUGGCUAAAAAGUCUGUUGACAUAGUAUCCUCCCAAUGGGACCUCAGUCAUGGUCAUCCAUCUGCAUGUCAGGCACGACAUCUUUUCGAAAAAUUGCAAAAUCUGUUGUCUCAUAAUAUCGAGAUCAAACUCGUGAGUGAUAUUCAUCCUGAGAAAUCAAAGGUAUUGAAAGACUUGAAAUCAAAGGAACAUAUGAAAGGUACUUGGAAGUCAUCCAGUGAGAGAAGAGCCAAUGACUUCUCUGAUAUAUUCAAAGCUGGUGCAGAAGUGAUGUAUAUAAACAUGACUGCUUAUAGUGAAGGUCAUCUUCAGUCAUCAUUCUGGAUUGUGGAUAAACAGCAUGUAUAUAUUGGAAGUGCCAGUUUAGACUGGAAGUCAUUAGGACAGAUGAAAGAACUUGGUGUUGUUGUGUACAACUGCAGCUGCCUGGUGGUAGACUUGCAAAGGAUAUUUGCCUUGUACAGUUCAUUAAAAUUCAAGAGCAAAAUCCCACCUAUUUGGUCUAAGAGGCUCUAUGCAGUGUAUGAUGCUCAACAUAAACUGACUCUUCAGCUGAAUGAAACCAAGUCAGAAGUCUUUGUUUCGAAUUCUCCAAAGCUCCUGUGCCCUAAGGACAGGGUAUUGGAUAUUGAUGCUAUCUAUAGUGUCAUUGAUGAUGCUGAGGACUUUGUGUACAUAGCUGUUAUGGACUAUCUCCCUAUUAUCAAUGACAAAAAUGAAAUGAGGUACUGGCCAUAUUUGGAUGGGAAGAUAAGAGAAGCAUUAAUAUUACGCAAGAUUAAAGUACGACUUCUCAUAAGUUCUUCAAAAAACACAGAUCCACUCACAUUUAACUUCAUUUCAUCUCUUAAAGCAAUUUGCACUGAAGUUUCUGGUUGUUGUUUAAAAGUUAAAUUCUUUGAACUUGAAGAAGAAAGUACCUGUUUUUUUAAGAACACUUCACUUCUCAAACUAAAUCGCAACAAAUAUGUGGUGACUGAUAGAGCUGCUUAUAUUGGUAAUUUUGACUGGGUUGGGACCUAUUUUAAUCAGAAUGCUGGAGCUGGCCUUGUCAUCAACCAAGGAAACAUGGGGAACAAAACCAGCAUAGUCACACAACUUAAAGCUGUAUUUGAAAGAGAUUGGUUUUCACAUUAUGCUAAAAAUUCACCAACAAAAAUUUCAGACUGUUUAAGCUACAAAGCAGCAGCCAAUAAGACUGUCAUGAACAAUGUGAACUGAAGCUUGCUUUACUGUUCAGUACAACCAAUGGAGAAACAAAAUGGGACUGAUACUGACCUCCCCUUUCAUAUUUACAAACAGACUUUUUAAAAAGCAAAAAAAAAAAUUUAUAGGAAAAAGCACACUUAUAUAAAAUGUUCUUUAAACUAUAUUCUCUAUACUGAUUUACAAAUGUUAGAUUUCUUACUGCUGACACUGAAUGUCAUUUUUGCUUUGUUAUUGGUUUGAAGGUUUCACAUUUGAAUUUAAAAGCAUGCUCUGAACCUUUAGUUUAUUCCUACCUCUUUUCUGAUUAGCAUAAACCUUGAGGCAAGUUCGAUUACUCCAAAAAAAUGCUAGAUUUUUUGAUAGCGAAGGGCACAUUUUACCCAAAGGAAAAGCCAUGGGUAGCAAACUGUUAUAUAUCAUAACAGUUACAUACUCACCAUAUACAAUCAAUCAUCUGAACUAAUUUUUGUUUAACCAUAAAAUUUGAAUAUCUGACUGCAUUUAUCACAGUAUAUCCAAUCAAAAUGUAUUAAGGCAAUACAUUACUUUGUUUUACUCAAAUCACAAUACAAAGGGCAAACCUGAAUCAAUUUUAACAUUUCUGUCAAUGCUGCACUACUCAGCAUUAAUUUUGAUUUCUGACAUAUUUUAUUAUAAAUGUCUUGCUUUGCUGGCUGUAAGGAGCUAUUUUUAAAGUUGUGUUUUAACAUCUGUCAGCAAUCGCUUCUAUGUAAUUUUAUUUGCCUUUGAAGAAAGCUUUCUAUCAACUGGGCAAAAUGUUCAUAAUAGGGUAAAAUUAUUUCAGUAGAAUUAAUAAUUGCUAACAUCUGUUUCACUACUUGUGAUUUUCUUAAUAGAUUGGGGCACACUCCACUUGUACCACAAACACAGUUCUCCGUUGGAUUCUGGUAGGGUUCAAUAGAGGUCAGCAGAGUCCUUGUCACAUGGAUAAUUUGCAAAGCAUUGUGGGGGUGGGGGAGGCUGGUGGAAAUAUGGGAGGCAAGCUUUUCAUUCCCUUAUAAUCCAAUUGCACUGUUGGUGCACAUGCCCAUGCAUAUGCAUAUGUAGACAGAAGAGGAAAUGAGCCUGAUCAAAAUCCAGCUCUGCAGUCAUAGUGUGAAUGAAUCAUGCUGGUGAAGUUUUGCCAUAAAUCUUUUAAUAUCUUCAAAGCUUUUAAUAUGAUACUGGGUAGGAUUCAGACUGAGUCGUGUCUAAGAACCACUGAAAUAAAUAAGUUAAUAAUGACUAACUUAGGUCCCAUUAAUUUUACUGGUCAUGAUUGAUUAAUUUCAGUUAGUCUGGAUCCAGUCCAUUGACUGCUUGUUGAAUUAAUUUGAAAUUUACAAUUGCCCAGAUCCCAUGGAAGUGCACAAGAUUAUAUGAGCAGAGAAGGACUCUGGCUUCAUCCAUAAGAGUGACUCCACAGUAAUACAUUGCGAUAUUUUUAAAAGCAUUUCAAUACUGGGCACACCUUCUUGGAAGCAGGUCCUAUUGAUUUUAGAGAACUUUAGUUCCAUCAAAGAAUUAUUAUGCUCGCAUUUCUAGGCAGCAAAUUUGCUUCUUUUGAACAGCUUAGAUAACUGGCAUUUUCUUUUACAGUUUCUAGAAUAAAAUGAAUCCUGUUUUUCUUGUUAAACAAUAUAAAUUUUCCUAAAACCCAGUGCCAUUACAGAUAUCACUAAGGAGCAGGUUUCUAAAAUGUCAGACUUAUAGAAGAUUUGUUUCUGAUAGUAAGAAUAACUGGAGAGAUAAGGCUCUGAUUUGACUGGGAAAUCAUAGAAUUGUAGAUUGAUUGGCUUUUGUUUUGACAAAAUUGAAAAUAUUUUAUAUGUAAAAAUAUAUUGCUAGCACUGAAAUAACUCACAACUGCAAUCCUAUUGUACUUAUUUUGAAAUAAUUUUUCAGUGGAUUCCCACUAUAAGAAUAGGACCAAAACUAACCAAUGAUCCAUAUGAUUCCCCCACCAAGCACGGUUGUGCAAACAAAUCCAGGAGCUUUCACACACAGGACUUCCAGCUCUUGGGGUAUCCGAUGAGGGAAGCCACUUCAAAUGAAACUCACCGUGUUAGGGAAGCAGCCCCUCCCCUCUCUACUGCAAGUUUUCUUUUGUGUUGGUUCACACACAGCUCACUUCCAUGUUUUCCUUGUGGCCAAUGGCUUCCUCGAGGAGACAGGAUGCCGUGCCUCCCUUUCCCCCAAGGGUUUAGUAAUUAAAGCACCCUCUGUGAUCUGGCUUUGUUGUGUGUGGGGGGGGGGGUUUGACCUCACACACACUUCUGCUUAAUUGGUUUGUGGAUCAGACUGCCCAUUAGCCAUCAGCCUUGGUUUUCUAUCCCCCCCACCCCGGCCACGAUCCCAGCAUACACACACACAGAAGUCCCUAGAACGUGCCAGCCCUCCUGCAGCUUAGCCCGCACUCCCAACAGACGUUUAAACGGCAGCCCUGGGUGGCCAGAUUAACCGCCCACAUGACUGCUGGCUCUGUCACGGAGUCGGCAGGGGCUGUGGGGAUUGGGGGCUACGUGGCCCCUGGAAGUUCCAGGAUGCCCCGCACAAGCACGGGGGGCAUCCUGGAGAGACCCCCGAGCCUGGGAGGCUGCUUGCAGCCUCCCAGUCAGGGGUCUACUCGUGGGUCGCUGCACGCUGCAGCAACACACAAGCAAAAAAAUGAGUUCAACGGAGUGCUCGCUCCGUUAACCUGGGCUAAGGGGAGGGUUAUUUAUGGAGGCUAGCUGCUGAGAGCCGCAUGGCUCCCGUUGUGGCACAUGAUCGCCCAAAAGUGGGCUAGGCUCCCUUAGCCCGCUUUGGGGAGAUUUGAGAAUAGCCUCACUGUAUGCCAGACGCAGGCCCCCUAGACCUGAUAAGGGACAGAAAAAGGGUUCCACAUCAAGUAGAACAUCAAGUAGAGUUUGUGGAUAACAUCAUUAAUUCUAUGUCAGUCAGACAGACAGUCGACUUCAUUGUUCUGGCCAUGACUGAUGAAGUGCCGUCAAGUCGGUGUCGACUCUUAGCAAUCACAUAGAUAGAUUCUCUCCAGGAUGAUCUGUCUUCAGCUUGACCCUUAAGGUCUCUCAGUGGUACAUCAAGUCCAUCCACCUUGCUGGUGGCCAUAGGCCAUUACAAAAUAAUUCUUUCUGUAAUUUUUAAUCUAAUACUAAAAAAAAAUAACAAUAGGAUAGAAUCAGCUACAGAACUUCGAAAAAAAUUGUAUAUGUCUUGGUCAAAGUCAUAAGAAAGUAGCAAUUUUUUUCAUUAUCCUAGGAUCUUAAAUAAUAAUCUGUUUUUUAAGGAUUGAUCAGUUAGUACAGACUUUUUAACAAAUCAGCUAUAUAUAGCCUGAAUCAAAGAGCAAUUAAGUAAUAGGAAAGAUCCUUUAUCUGUUUGAAGCCAUGGGGACAGAGAUGAAGAUUAUAAGAGAUCCUGUCCAAUCUGCCUACCACAAUGACUGUUGGAAUCAGCUGGAAUAUGGCCAGGUGUGAGUUCUCAGAGAAAACCUUUCCUUUAUAAAUAGUCUAAUUCCGAGCUAUAGCUGAGCAAUUAUACUAGUGGGCUACCUAUAAAUGCCUGAGAGUGACAAAGUCAUUCUGCAAAUUCCAUGGUAAACAUUUGCAGAUAGUUGUGUUACUUUCAUGAAAUUUAGUGAAAUCAUUGAUUUUUUUAAAUUAAAAAGUUUACAAUCUCUUGCAGAGAUUUAAACGCAUGUUCUGAAGUUCAGCUAUUUCCUCACUGUUGUUUUAAAGCUAUGUUUAUGUUCAAGGAGAGUUGGGAUAUGCACAAAUAAAUUUUUUCAAUUUGUUUUGUGCCCAAAUCGAAUCACCCCUGAUUUAUUUUGUGUCCAAAUCUGUCCCCCCAAAUCACCUCAGAUUCUGUUUGGAUUUGAUUCGAUUCAGAUUGAUUUGGACCAAAAGGUCAUAGGGGCACCAAAUUUGGGUGGUGGGUGGUUUCCCAAAGGUGCCACUUACCAUCCAAAUUUCAAGGCGGUGGGACACUUGGUUGAUUUUUAAUGAUUUUUUUUUUUUAGUUUUUACAGAUUUUGUAUAUUAUUUCAUGGAAAUAAUGGGGAUUUGAAGUCACCCUAUCCUAACCCUAUCAUGGAGCCCCAGCUUUAAUAAUUUUUUAAACAAAAAGCUAAGCUAGCCCUUGUAGAAGUGGAGUUAUGAAGCAAACUGUUUGGUCACUAUUUUUCAAGUGUUUGGAUUCUUUCGUGUAUAAUAACGUUUCCUCAUAAUCAAUCCCUAUGUGGAUUCAUUGCACACCUUCAGUUCUUCUGUUCAAUUUGACUGUCAUUGGACAGUGCCAGCUGUCAACUGCUAUGUGCCAACUACACCCCCACAAAUACACACUACAUAGGAGUACUCUCAGUUUCUUUUUUAGGAAUAUUGAAGUGUUUAGAUUAUUUGGUGUCUAAUAACCUUUCCUCAUAAUGAAUCCCUAUGAGGAUUCAUUAUAUGCCUUCAUUUCACCCCUGCUACCUGGGCAAAGAGGCACAUUUUUAAUGUGGUGAUUCUCUUUAUUUAGCAGUAAAGUAACUGGCCCUAUCCACCCCCAGCACAGUACCUCCAGUGACUGUUGCUGGUGUCUAUCUCAUGUUGGGUUUUUUUAGAUUGUGAGCCCUUCGGGGACAGGGAGCCAUCUUAUUUAUUUAUUUAUUUAUUUAUUUAUUUAUUAUUUCUCUAUGUAAACCGCUUUGGACACUUUUGUUGAAAAGCGCUAUAUAAAUAUUUAUUGUUGUUCAUUUCUUCUGUUCAUUUUGACUGUCAGUGGACAGUGUUGUCAAUUACAACCCACCCACGAACACACUAUAUUUAGGAAUUUUUGAAGUGCUUCGAUUAUUUGGUGUCUUCAUUACACACCUUCAUUUCUUCUGUUCAUUUUGAUCCCACUGCUUGGUUGGGAAUCAGUGGCAUCCCAUGUGCCAACUAUCCUCCAACCCUCAAGCCACUGGGUACUCAGUUUAUCUUUUAGGAAUUUUUGAGGUGUUUAGACUCUUUGGUGUUUAAUGACUCCUCAUAGGGAUUCAUUAUGAGGAAAGGUUAUUAGACACCAAGACGACUAAAUGCUUGAAAAAAAAUCCUAGAAUAUAAACUGAGUAGUACUUCACUGCCUUGCGGGUGGAAAGGAGGUGUAGUUGUCACAUGGCAGUUGACAGUUGGCACUGUCCAAAGACAGUCAAAAUGAUUAGAAGAAAUGAAAGUGUGUAAUAAAUCCUCAUAGGGAUUCAUUGAGGAAAGUUAUUAUACACCAAAGAAUCCAAACACUUGAAAAAUAGUGACCACACAUUUUGCUCCAUAACUCCACUUCUACAAGGGCUAGAGCUUAGCUUAAAAAAAAGAAAAAGAAAAAGCUGGGAAUCUGGGGAAAUUAACAGGAGGAAUCUAAAUCUCGAAUCAGGUGUGAUUUGGUUAGGACCCAAAUCUUGCCAAUGGACCACAGGGGUGAUUUGUUCUGUCUCCAAAUCACCUGAAUCAGCUAGAUUUGUGUACAAAUCGAUUUGUACCUGCACAUCCCUAAAAGAGAGCGUUUAACAGUCUUUUCAAAAGAAAUGUAGUGAGUCAGAAAUACAUGAUCAAAUUAUAAUUAAAACAUUUUGCUUUUCAAGGUAGCACAGAGUGAUUCCAUUAUAUUGUUAGGUGGCUUGUUGAUGUUCUUUAUGUUAUACCAACUGAGCAAUUUAGAUGCAGUACUUAUCUAACACAUAUAACGGCAAAAUGAAUAUGGCAACAGUUUGUAGAUUUUCCCUGUCUCACAGACUUUUGAAAAAGUAUGAUUCUGCUGAGUGAAAAGGGAAAACCCUGUAAACAGCGGGGCUGAGAUGGUUGGUUUAUUUUUACUAUGUAGUGUUUUUCACAAGUCAGUCUGUUUGACUGGGAUUUGCAGAAUGAUUUUUAUCAAUAAGUAGUGGUGAGGAAUGCUGCUGUGAGACUCACAAGCAUAAACAUUGCCUAGUGGUAAUGAUAAUAAUUAAAGGCUGCAAUCCCACAAGCAGUUACAAAUGUCUGUGCCCCAUUGAUAGAAUUAAUUCAGUUACAACCACAUACUCUAAUGAAGGAGUAUGUGGCUACUCAGAUCCACAAAGGACUUCUUGUACUACUUUGUGCACAAAUACUCACAAAUUUCAGUGGAGGAGACUGAACUCUGUAUACAUUUCUUUUAAAUGAAUGGAGAAGCUAUUCGAAGUCAGAGACUCCAUAUGUGUACCAGAGCUCCCACGUACAGAACAGUUUGUCAGAUAAGGACAGCAGUAUUUACCUGGGCAGCAACUCUCAUGGAAUACAGCUUGUUACUGUAGCAUAUUGACUAAACCACAAAAUAUCCUUAGCAAUAACAUAGGAAAUUGUUUAUAUAUGGAAAGAUUGUUUAUAUUCUUGGAAAGAUAGCCAAGAAAACAAUAAUUCUUUAUAUUGCUGGAUGAAAAGCUAUGAUCAGAAUCUUGCUCAUGCCUAGUUUUCUAGGUUCCCUAGUUUUCUACAUUAUCUGCUCCUAAUGAUGCACUUUCACCAACAUCUUUAAAAUGGUGCCAGGAAUUAAGUUAUAUUGCCAAUCUGAUUUCCUAAAGCUCUACUUGUUACUUGCUAACACAUUUACAAGUGCCUUUUUCUAUAUAGGGCUUUUAUUUAUCAGUUUGAUCAAUCCUUGGGAAGCCCUUCUAAGCAUUAUAUAAAGAAAGUGGCUGAAAAUGACAAAAGACGAAUCCAUUUGGAAUAUAUUCAUUUUCAGGAUAUAGUGCUAUUGUCAGAAAGACUCGUAUUUUCUAUCAGAAAUUGACGGAAGCAAAAACAGGUCUGAAGGAAAUUCCAAAACUGCUUAUCAAAUUCCAAAUUUCAAGUUUAGAUUGAAAUGUUAGAGACUGCCUACUGUUAUUUCAGUCCGAUUCCAAACAUAGAUGUGUGCAAACAGACCGGAGGAAAGCUCAUCACUAGAACUUUGCCAACAAUAACAAUAUCAUUAGUAGUUUCUUCUUGCUUGUUUCUGCAAGGGAUGAAGUUCACUUUACAUUCUGGCAGGGAUUACAAAUGCAGAAAUCAAUU